AUGUUUAACUUUAACCUCAGCGUGUACAUAAACAUAGGAUCUAAUCGGUACCCAACAUUUGUAGUGUGCUUUCUGCUAUUUACAAUUAUUGUUUCUGCUAAUCUUGUUAUAAUUCUGGUGAUAUCUUGUGAAAGAGCACUUCAUGAACCCAUGUACAUUUUUAUUGCAUUUUUAUCAAUCAACUCUCUCUAUGGUUGUACUGGCUUUUAUCCCAAAUUCCUCAUUGAUCUACUGUCUACUUUUCAUGUUAUCUCUUAUGCUGGAUGUCUUCUGCAGGGUUUUGUGUUGCAUUCAUCAGCUUGUGCUGAUUUCUCCAUUUUAGUGUUAAUGGCCUAUGACAGAUAUGUGGCUAUAUGUCGACCUCUGAGAUAUGUGGCUAUAUGUCGACCUCUGGUAUACCACUCUGUGAUGACUACACAAAGAGUAUGUGUGUUUAUAUUUUUUGCUUGGCUCAUACCCCUUUAUUUGGUGUUUAUGAGUUCAAUAACAACAGCAAGGUCAAGGUUAUGCGGCUCACACAUACCAAAAAUCUACUGUAUUAAUUUUUUGGUUGGUAAACUGGCUUGUACUACCUCCAUAGCAAAUGGUCUUCCUGCAGGAUGCAGUGCUGCUGCCGAACCACACAGUGAUGCAGCUGAUCAGGAUGCUCUCGGUGGUUCCACGGUAAAAAGAGUGCAUGGAGAGGUUCUCAGUGAGGCGCACACCCAGGAACUUGGUCCUGCUCACUCUCUCCACAGCGGCACCGUUGAUGGUCAGUGGAGGGUGCUGGGUGGAGGCUCCCUGGAAGUCGACAACAAUCCCCUUCGUCUUCUCCACGUUUAG